CGCCGCGCGGGAAAGCCGGGCGGAGCUGCGCGGGGGACAAGGAAAGGGAGCCUCGUACUGCGCUUGGGGAACCAUGUGCACGUCCAGGCUUUUCACCCUUGUCCUGGUGGUGCAGCCGCCCCGUGUCCUCUUGGGCAUGAAGAAACGAGGGUUUGGAGCUGGUCUCUGGAAUGGCUUCGGUGGAAAGGUGCAGCCAGGGGAGAGCAUCGAGGAGGCUGCUCGCAGGAAGAUCAACGUUGGUGUGCUCAACAGCUACCUAACAGCUUUUGCCCUGAGCCAUCUCCUCAGCUGUGUCAGUACAACCGCCUGGGUUCUGUGGGAGCUCCUGGAGGAGAGUGGACUGACUGUGGACACCUUGCAGAAGAUGGGUCAGAUCACAUUUGAAUUUGUGGGCAAUUCUGAACUCAUGGACGUGCACAUUUUCAGGGCAGAUGACUUUCACGGAGAGCCAACAGAAAGUGAUGAAAUGCGUCCACAGUGGUUUCAGCUGGAUGAGGUGCCAUUCCAUCACAUGUGGGCAGAUGAUAUCUACUGGUUUCCCCUGCUGCUUCAGAAAAAGUUGUUUCGUGGCUAUUUUAAGUUUGAGGGGCAAAACACUAUCCUGGAGCACACCCUGAAAGAAGUGGAGGAAGUUUAAGAAAACAGAAGCAUUCCACCCUGGGCUGCUUCUGCCCACACUGGGCUGGAACACCAUCAGUACUACUUGAAAGGGUCUGCUUUCUCAGCUCUCCAGCAAGGGAGACUUAUUUGCAAGGUCACUGGAAAGUAAGGAAAAUAAGGGGGUUUCUUAGAGCAGAAAUAGAAGUAACAAGAUUUUCCAUGCUGUGAAGUCCCUGGCUGUGAUAUGCUGUAGUGGUUAUGUGAUUAGAGCUAUUAAAAACUUAGUAGUAACCCUUCUCUUUACAGGUGGUUAAUUCUGUAAGCUUUUCCCUUGUGGCUGGAAAUGUUUUCAAAAGAUCAAGA